AUGACGAGCAAGGAAGAGGCCCCCUCGAGUUCUUGGGACGAGCUAACGAGCCCUGUCAACUUAAUCCUGGUUGCUAUUAUUGUGUACCUUCUAUACAAGAUUUUAAAGUCUCACUUUGAUGGCGAUGAACCCGUCGCACCGCCGCCGCCGCCGAUGCCGAAGCUCCGUAAAGAUUUAACAGUGGCCGAAUUAAAGAAAUACGACGGCACGGGGCCCGACGGAAGAGUACUUUUGGCUGUUAACGGUGUAAUAUUCGACGUUACCAGAGGGAAGAGAUUUUACGGGCCAGGUGGCCCUUACUCAGCAUUUGCGGGUAAGGAUGCGACCCGAGGCCUGGCUACAGGUCAAGUAGCCGCUGAUGAUAAAGAGUACGAUGACGUGAGCGAUCUGACAGCUGACGAGGUCGCAUCAGCGAAAGAAUGGGAGGAGCAAUUCAGAGAAAAAUAUGAUAUUGUUGGACGUCUUCUGAAACCUGGAGAAACACCAAAUGUGUAUAGUGAUGAUGAAAGUGAGGGCAAGAAGUCGCAA